AUGGCUGAAGAUGAUACACCAGUCGAUGAAGCCCAGUACAACGGGACGUUCAUCAACAAACCAUUUAUCUAUUUUGAUCUAGAUAAAAAGGAGAUAAUGUACGUCGAUUUCAGGGAGAAGGGGUAUACUGAAUUCAUUGCUCACCUCAACGUGAUUACUAGAAGAAUGUGCAAAGAUGUAUACUAUUAUAAAGAGUGCUGGGAACACGAGGUGGAUGAUGAAGAUGUUUCAAUGAAAAGGGCAACAACAACUAUUCAGAAGAAAGAUAGGUUUUUAAACAAACUUUGCCCAAAUGUUGAAAAGGAAGAAGAUUCUAAUGUUGAACAACUACCACCUGUAUACCAUGUGCAUAAUUCUGAGCAACAAUGGGAUGAAAUGUCUCCUGUGUUAGGUAUAAACAUUAACAAGUAA